AUGACCACCGCUGUUCUAUCUGCGAUGCGGCUUGCAACUUACACACUUCGUCCGGCUGUUUCUCCCUCACUAGCGCUCGCCGGACCCUCGCGCAUCAUCCCAUCACUUCAGGAAUGCCGCCGCUUCGAGUCCCAUGCCGCCGCAUUGAAGCGCGCUGAAGCAGCCCGAGAACUUGCGGUCCAGAAUCCUGCAUUCUUCAAGAAUAAUGCCAUCCCGUAUACCUAUGUUCGUCUCGUCAACUCGGAAACCAACCGUCUUGAACCACCGACGAGACUCAAGGAUCUCGUCGCAUCUAUUGACCUUGACGCGAACUUUGUGCAACUUGUUUCCACUGACCCUCCCGAUGGAGGCAAACCUUUAGUCAAGAUAAUCAAUAAACAUGAUGCUGCACAGAAAGAACGGGACCAAAAAGCCAAGAAAAAAGAGCAAAAAAAGGCAGCAAGUGGGCGCGAAUCCAAAGAAAUCCAACUGUCUUGGAACGUAGAGCCAGGCGAUCUCAAACACAAGCUUGGCAAAGCCAUUAAAGAGCUUGAAAAGAAAAACCUUGUAACAAUUUCAUUUGUCCCAAAAAAGGGAUCUCCGCUGCCUACUCGCCCUCAGAUGAUGGUUAAGAUGGAGAUGAUAUGGAACGAAGUAAAGCACGUCGCAACUGAACGUCAAGAUCGUACAGUGGGUGAACUUUCCGGACUUAUGUACCUUCAGGGCUUGGGUCGAAAAGAGGACCCAAAGUAG